CGGGAAUAAAAAGUGGUUUUUGCCAAUCCCUUAACUUGCUGAGAAAAUAUCCGAUGCAACAACUCCUGAAUCCAUAUAUAAAGGGUUCAAAGUCAUGAUCCAAGCAGUAGUCACAAUCCACUUCCAUGAACAGUAGCAUUGCGAACAUUGAAUAUGAUGCAGGUACAUAUUCUGUCCAUUGUGGCAAUUUGUUGCCAAAUGGUCUUGGCUGACUUGAACACAAACCCCAGUGGGAGUGUAUUUCAUUCUGUUCCUGGAUCCGGUUUUGUGAGCAUCAAUUUUGGACGGCCCAAGGUAUCUACCAAGAACCCGCCCAAGCCAAAGAAUAAAGAGUCAUCAUCCUCUUCUUAUGUGUCCAAUCCUGAGGCCCCUCAGCCAUCGUACCCGCCAGUGCCUCGUUAUGAUGCUUAUGAGCCCAGCUCUGCUCCUCCCUACUAUAAACAACCCACUUUGCCCCAACCCAAACACACUUCCAUCCCCUCCUAUGCCCCUCCCAAGACAACGCCUACUCCAACCACCCCGAAGUCGGCGGAACCUGACUAUCAUCCCACCUAUCCGAUAUUCAAAACAACCAAAGCUCCCUUGACUCGCCCAUUGUAUUAUUCUCAACCCGCCCCAAAUUAUCCAAGCCACGCCACAUCUCAACCUCCUCCCACUUAUCCGGAGUACCAUUCUCAACCCGAUCGGACUCCCAAAUACAUCCAAAAACAAGCCUCGCUUCCAAAUUAUGGUACAUCCCCGAAGAAAGUGAAGGUUUCGGACACAAGCAUCCAGCGUGGCAGUUAUGAUGAUCGAGCAUAUGUUCAUUCAGCGAGCAUCCCUUCUCCGCCUGCAGUCCCAUCUCAAACCCAUGGGCCAGACGUCUAUUUAAGACCAAUUUACCCGAGAUUGGAAACCACUGCUAAGCCUCAGAAAAAGGCGUCUAAGAAAUCCAAGGCUCCCACGCUCUAUUACUCGCAAAAGAUCAAGUUUUUUCCUCGACCAAAAGAAACUGACGCACACGACUACACCAAAUCCAAGCCCACUGUGAGACCCAUCCGAGUGAAAGAAUUAAGUCGCAUCAAGCUGGUCCCAACCUCGAAAGGUUCCGAGGAGCAAGAGGCCAGGGAGGCUCGGGCUAAUGGAAUCGAAACCAGCAAUAUUAGUCCGCCUCAGUUUGAGGGACUUUCAGCGCAAAUUGAAAAUCUGGAUCAGGAAGGCCGAGCUCAAAAAAGUUUGCCCUCAGGUUCCCAAGUUGCCUUUCAAACAGACACGUCUUCUCGCACUGGACGAGCGGAUGAAGGCGAACCAGACUCCUCUACCGAAAUGGGUGUUGAUACCAGUGCAGUAGCCAAUCCAAAUACCGACCUCGUUGGACUUGCUUCUUCUGAAAGAGACGAAACGAACUCCUUUGAUAUGACAACAACUGGAACGCUCUCUGGAGAUGAAACAACAAAGCUUCCCAUCGAGUUAGACAAUAUUGAUGAGGUUACGAGUACUGAUGCGAGUGGCGAAGACAGCACUGAAGCCAGUCAAAACGAAAGUGCUGAGAGGAACCCAGAUGAGGGGAUAAACGUCAGCCAGACUCCACCAGAUCUUUUGGCUGGCAACGAAGAGGGAACCAGUUUGGUGCCCACAAGCAGCCCGGAAGAAACCACCACCUCCACCAACUUCGACGAAGACUUGGUUGUCGAUGGGGAAGAUAUCGGGACCUUAGUCCAAUCUGAUGUCUCUUAAAUGAUCCCAAAUGACCAAAUGUUAAUGAGAUCUUGAUUAGUCUCGGCAAAGUGUGUCCUGCUACACAACGAUCUUUGUAAACGGUCCGUGUGCUGGCUGCACGGAAAUCAAUACAAAGUUGAUUCAAAAAAGAAAACUUGUUCUACUUUGCUUUUUUUCAGGAGCUUAACUUUUGCUAGCAUUAGGAAGCACUGAUUUUUAUCCAG